AUGACAAGUAACGCCCCAAUUGCACAAACCCACCCGAACGGACAAGUUGUCCAGUCGUCUCCGCAAGGGUCUCCAGGCCAUGCCGGUACGCCAAAAGUCCAAAAUAAAUCGCACCACCCCAAACUGCUGACGGUGAACUGUUAUUCGAAAGCUGGAGCCGAAUUGAUACAGACACGAUCCCAAAACGCUAUCCAUUCCCGUGGCCAAUGUCCCCACACGGCAUCAGGUCCUCUCGCUAAUUCCGAGAUUCCGAAGGUGAAGACCCUAGAUGGCUCGCCACCGAAAGCGAUUGAUCGGGAAGCUGGGGAGAAUGAUGCGGCAGAAGUCGGGCAAACCGCCGAGGACUCAGCGAUGGACGUGGAGGGCCUGCAAGCAUCACAGGCUACCCUAGAGGCUUAUGUCACAUCGUAUGUGAUAGUUUCGUUCCACCUCGGGAUAGUGGCUGAUUCCUUUUCCUAG